UACUACUAUUGUAAACAUUUUCUCACCGACGCGCCGCCGAUAGCUGAGCAGUAGGCGGCCGGCCGCGCUACUAUGGGUACUGCUUUGUGCCUGGUGGUGCUGCUACUGCUGCUUGUCAAUGCUCCGGCUUCUGAGGCGGCAGACGACGACGAGGAGCAGCUGCUGGAGCGGUUCAAGGAGGCGGUACGCAACCGCGGGGAGCUCAGGGGAUGGACCCGCGGCGACGGCGCCUGCAGGUUCCCCGGAGCGGCAUGCGUCACGGGAGGGAGGAGCAUCGUGUCGCUCUCCCUCGCGGGGAUCCCACUCGACGUCGAUUUCAGCGCUGUCGCCGGCACACUGCUGCAACUGGGUGGCGUCGAGGUCGUCAGCCUGCGAGGUGUCAACGUCAGCGGCUCGCUCGCGAGCGGCGGCGGCGGCGCCGGAGGGUGGAGGUGCGGCCAGAAGCUGGCUCAGCUGGACCUGUCCGGGAACAUCAUGCUGCGUGGGUCCGUUGGCGACGCCGGCGCGCUCGCCCGCGCGUGUGACGGACUGCGGGAGUUGAACCUGUCUGGUAACGCACUCGUUGGCGGCGGGAAGGGAGAUGGCGGGGACAUCUUUGCCCGCCUGGAUGUCCUUGACCUGUCAGACAACAACAUCACCGGCGACGGCGAGCUCAGCUUGAUGGGUGGUGUCCGCCGGCUGAACCUCGCCGGGAACAAAAUUUCAGGUGCUCUCCCGGUCCCGGUAUUCCCCAAUUGCUCCAGAAUGGAGUCACUUGAUCUGUCUAGAAAUUUAAUCUCCGGUGAGGUGUUGCCUGGGUUCUUGUCCGGCUGCACUGCUCUUGCUUCACUCAACCUCUUCAGCAACCACUUGGAGGGUGCUUUCCCGCUGGACAUCGCGUUCCCGGCGUCGCUCUCCUACCUCAACCUGUCGAACAACAACUUCUCCGGUGAGCUCCCUGCCGAUGCAUUCAUUGGGCUCCCGCGUCUCUCGUCGCUCUCUUUGUCCUUCAACCACUUCAGCGGCGCCGUGCCUGACUCUCUAGGCAGACUUGCCGAGCUCAGGGUGCUGGACCUUAGCUCGAACGCGCUCGCUGGAGCUAUACCGCCCUCACUCUGCCCGAGUACCGGCAACAAGUCCAAGCUCGAGGUGCUCUACCUGCAGAACAACUACCUCACCGGCGUCAUCCCGCCGACGAUCUCCGACUGUGAAAGCCUCGAGUCUCUAGACCUCAGCCUUAACUACAUCAAUGGAUCCAUCCCCGCCUCCCUCGGCAGCCUUAGCCGGCUCCGGGACCUCAUCCUGUGGGAGAACAAACUGCAGGGUGAGAUCCCCACGUCGCUAGCCAGUGCUCGCCGACUCGAAAACUUCAUCCUUGAGUACAAUGGUCUCACAGGCAACAUCCCAUCGGAAUUUGUGAACUGCAAGAACCUGAGAUGGAUAGCGCUCGGAAGCAAUCAGCUCUCUGGAUCGGUGCCGGCAUGGCUGGGGCAGCUAGACAACCUUACAAUCUUGAAGCUCAACAACAACUCUUUCUCAGGGAAGAUACCGCCGGAGCUAGGAGACUGCAAGAGUUUGGUUUGGCUGGAUCUGAACGACAACCAGCUUAGUGGAUCGAUUCCACCGGAACUGGCAAAGCAGUCCGGCAAGAUGAACGUCGGCCUCGUCGUCGGGCGGCCAUACGUAUACCUGCGCAACGACGAGCUGAGCAGCAAAUGUCGCGGCAAGGGGAGCUUGCUCGAGUUCGCCAGCAUCCGUUCCGAAGAUCUAAACAGGAUGGCUAGCAAGAAGCUGUGCAACUUCACACGAAUGUACAUGGGCAGCACAGAGUACACUUCCAAUCUCAAUGGCUCCAUGAUAUUCUUGGACCUGUCAUUUAACAAGCUCGACUCCGAGAUACCCAAGGAACUUGGGGCGAUGUACUAUCUGAUGAUCAUGAAUCUUGGGCACAAUAUGCUUUCUGGUGCCAUCCCAGACGAGCUUGCAGGUGCCAAGAAACUGGCUGUGCUUGACCUGUCACACAACCGGUUGGAAGGCCCAAUCCCCACUUCAUUUUCAUCACUAUCAUUUUCGGAGAUUGAUCUAUCAUACAAUAGGCUGAAUGGGUCAAUACCGGAGCUGGGAUCCCUUGCCACUUUCCCGGAGAGCCAGUAUGAGAACAACUCAGGUUUGUGCGGUUUCCCUCUGCCUAUGUGUCAACCAUCUUCUCAGCAGCACCCCCCACUAGUAAGCAACACCUUCAGUAAUAAGUACCAUCUGAUAAAAAUCCUACUCCCAACUAUCACACUAGUUUUUGUUGUUAUUGCUAUUUUCUUAUACUACCAAUCGAUGAGAAACAAACUCAAGAAAAGCAGGAUCAAAGCUUCCGAUGAUCUGACAGAUCCAGCAAACCAUCAGUUAAUCUCACAUCUUGAGCUUGUGCGCGCCACUAAUAAUUUCAGUGAAGACAACAUGUUGGGAUCUGGAGGGUGUGGAAAGGUAUUCAAGGGACAGUUGAGCAGUGGUUUGGUGGUUGCAAUUAAGGUUCUUGACAUGCGGUCCAAGCAUGCCUUUAGAAGCUUCGACGCAGAGUGUCGUGUGCUUCGCAUGGCGCGGCACCGCAACCUGAUACGAAUAGUCAACACAUGUUCUAACAUGGAUUUCAGAGCGUUGGUGUUAGAGUACAUGCCCAAUGGUAACUUAGAUGCACUACUUCACUUCUCACAAGGGGGUGAGAGACAAUUCGGGUUCCGUCAGAGGCUGCAGGUUAUGCUCGAGGUGUCGAUGGCAAUGGAUUAUCUACACCAUGAUUACCAUGAAACUGUUUUGCAUUGCGACUUGAAGCCAAGCAAUGUGUUGUUUGACGAGGACAUGAUUGUGCAUGUGGCUGAUUUUGGCAUUGCAAGACUACUACAAGCUGAUGAUAGCUCUGUGUUCUCCUUGAGCAUGCAUGGCACUACUGGGUACAUGUCACCAGAGUAUGGGUUGUAUGGGAAAGCAUCACGAAAUAGCGAUGUAUUCAGCUACGGAAUCAUGCUUCUUGAAGUCUUCACUGGAAAGAGGCCGACAGAUGCUAUGUUUGUUAGAGGACUGGGCCUUAGACGAUGGGUUCACCAGUUAUUUCAGGCGAAUCAGCUUGUCCAUGCCGUGGAUAGACGGCUGCUGCAAUGCUCCGACAUGGACAUUGGUUUUCUUGCCCCAAUACUGGAGGUUGGUUUGCUCUGCUCCAGUGACUCGCCACGCGAUAGGAUAACGAUGAGCGAUGUAGUCUUGAGGCUCAACAAGAUCGAAGCAGAGUAUGCUAAAAAUACGACAUCUACUUCAGGAAGUGCGUCACAGUGAUUGGCCGCCCUUACAUCAUCAUGGCCACAUGCAGGAUUCUGGAGAAAGAAAAAGAAAAGGGUGAGCGAUAAAUAUUUGGAUACACUUGGUAGCCUUUCUUUUUUUGUUCAUCGGAACGAUUUGCUACCUGACCUUGGAGCUGAAAUUUGUAUGUUCUUAGUCCCUCAUAGGUAUCCUUUUUGUUUCA